AUGACUUUUCUACUGGAAUACUACCGUCUCUUGGAGGUAUCACGCCUGCGGUACGUUCUAAUAGGCUGCAUGGUCGUGAUUUUCUUGUGGGGUCUCUCUCAAACCUUUGUGGCCUUUUUGCAGUGCAUACCCCUUGAGGCAGUGUGGGAUCACACGAUCGAAAGCAAAUGCAUCAAGAACAUCGCGAUUAUUUGGUACUUCAACGGUACCUUCAACAUCGUCACGGACUUCAUCAUUAUAACGCUGCCGAUCCCCAAGAUAUGGCAGCUCCAAAUGCCGCGCAAGAUUAGCGAUAUUUUCAGUCCAAACGAAAGCCAGAUCAGCACCUGGAUAGACGCACCAAACCAGGACACUCAUGCUUCCUUCGGGGAUCAUGGGGUGACAGCUACAGUUAAUGCAUGCGGAGAUCUCAUGCAAUUCAGCCGCUACCUAGACGCUGGUAGUUCAGGAAUCUUUUGUGCAGACCACACGACCACAAAUGAGCCCUACUCUGUUCAAGAGAGGGCCGAGGAUCUCUUGUUCUUAUCCCGUGACAAGUCUCGACAAAGAUUCACCUACGGAUUGCGGGUUCUAGGCAUCAGCAUGAAGAAUUGUCAUCAUCUGGGCUACGUUCACGAUAGGUGGCCCCGGUACGAAGUCGAAGAUAAAAGCCUCAAGCUUACGAUCCAAUGGAUGGUACGCGAGAAGACCGUUCUUCAGCAAUGUAUAAUCACCAAUACCGGGGAAACUGACGUCGACAUCCCAAUGGAAUUUUGCAAAGGAUUGCACAUUCGGGACAUGGACUACCUGGAUCCCAUGGAUAAAUUCAAUGACGAUUGGGAUGGACAUGUUCCAGUCCAAGGCCCGAACAACUACGGAUGGGUUUUAGCUCAUCCGCUAAAGCGAAAGGGAGCAACGGAAGAAAAGCGGCCGACCAAAGAUACACCAAUGCAGCUCAUGCGUCUUGGCUCUCGAAAGCCCACAAACGCUACUGUUGACAGCCACAAGGGAGACAUGUGGGGAUAUUCGGGGAAUGUAAAACUACCACAUGCCGAAAAUGAUGACAACCAGGACACUAUUGCGGUGGUUAUAUCGGUAUUCGUGGAUGGUAGAGCCAUUCGUUUUGGAACCGCUAACCAAAAGUCCCACGAGAAGAUGGUUAGAAGGAUCAGGGGUGGGGCCGCAAUUGAAGUUGUCAGUGGCUACAAGAUGGUGCGUUUCACUGACUCUAGGGCUUCUUGGGAAGAUUUCGUGAUCUCGGCAAAUGUAGCAGACGUCAGCAACCACUUGACCUUUGCAUCGAAGUUCUUCACGACAUUCUCUCCCUGUGCCCACGAACCUAGCCAUGUCGAUCAUGGACAGAGAGACGGCGAAACAGGUAGAGAUAGAAGAAGGAAUUGGAUUUCGCCGCUGCCUACGGGUCCACCGAAAGGCUUGCUGGAGAUUGAGGACCAGUCUGUCAACCAAUCAUUCAACCACAUCGACUUUGUGGCUCGAAGAAAGCUUGAGCAUAUCUUGUCCGUUUGCGCGAUUCCUCUGCGUGACCCCGAGGAGGAAGGAGAUAUUGUGCCUGUCGCGUUGACAUGUGGGGAUACAUCGGGCCACCGUGUGUCUUCCCCGGCAAGUUUUUUUGCGUUCAGUUUUCUGCUUGAAAUUUCAAAGCGGUUGACCGCCGCGAGGAGCAAAGACCAAUAUGAUACCUAUGGGGAGUUGCGAAAGCGAAUCUACUCAGUCUGUCGCGGCCACUUAAAAUGGCUCAACUCAGUUGAGAAAACGGAUUCGAACUGCUUCUCAGCAAACUAUUGGGUCAAGGGGAAUAAGAUGUCUCGCAAUGAGGAAAGCGAGUCCUUUAUGCCAAUCGAUUCCUUGACAGACACCCCAUUUCAGAUAAUCAAGGUGUUUGAAUUUGCGAGUCAAUACCACGGCGAAGAUGAGUUGGACCUCGCGCGGGGAAUCAUCAAACAAGUUGCUAUUCCCUGGAUCACAGCCCUCAAUAAGUCCGACGUCCGCAUUUCCCGUGCUUGGCCCCACUCGCAAGAUGAAGGGUGCAAUAAGUACAGGCUUAGCGAGCAUGUAUGGAUCUGGAGAGCACUGAAGCUGGUCGAGGGUCACUUCCGAGACUUUCCGGAAGACAAAGUUUCAGAUGCUGAAGAUGAGAAAUUUAGUGGAGAACCCAGCCGUGGACAACAAAGCAAGGAGAUUCGAGAUGUCACCGUGGCUCAACAUGAUCAGGUCUUAACAGAUGACAGCCUGCUCAGAAGGUUCGACUCUCGUGAUGUUCAACGAGAUAUUCUUAGACGUUUCACGGCCGAGAACGAAAUCUCCAAGAAAAGAAUGCUGGCAAUGACUCGGUCUCCCAGGGAGACGCGAUUUCUAUUUCAUGCCAGUGAUACGACACUUUUCUAUGGUAUCAACAGAGAUUUCUUCUCAGAGAAAACCUCACUCAACGAAGUAUGGCAAAACACAAUUGAGGCACAAGUUCAUCACAAUGAGAACUCCGAAACUGGAUGGGACAACUCAAUUCGCUAUGCCCUGGCGAUUAUGCUCGGAACCAGGGACAUCAGUAUAAACAAGCGGCCUCCACAGGAGCUGAUCAAGUCAUCGUUGGAAGUUCUCUUUGGUUCCACGAGUCCGAAUGGGCUAUUAUUCGGGCUUUUGGAUAGCAACACGAAGGAAUCUGCUUUAUUUGGCCGAGAAAAUGAUCGAGACUUCUACUUCCACGCUAGUUUCGAGAUCCCAUAUAUUCUUCUCACUCAUUGCUGGAGAAUUCACUCGAAACUCAACACGUCUGGCACCCAGCCUGAACCUUCUUCCACGCCGCAAACAAAGGUGUUCACAACGCAUGACCUAUUGGAAGAGGUUGCAGACUUGAACUUGAUGCAACCGAAGAGACAGCCCGCGCAGACAGACCGCAUCCCCAGAUUACCCGUUGGAUCGGCUCCUAGUCCUGAAAUGACAGAGACCCAGCUCGGCUCCACAUUGCCCCAGCCAGGGGUCAAGCUCAAAGCAACCAAGGUAGUAUCUAUGAAGAAGAGCAUUCCAUUCAACAGUCUGAUCGACCAAAGCAGUAUCGUUGAUCUGGAUGAAGAAUGGCUUUACAAUUACCCCACUUUCUUCAGCAUGGAGAAGCAGACUUCCGCCAAGUUCAACGAAGAGGCAGAGAGUCUCCUUGACCGUACUGAGAGGGAUACAUCCGGAGCUCUCAUAUCCAGAGCAGCUGAGGGAUACACAAGGUAUCUAAGGAAUGGAGAACGGCGGAAUCGUCCUGCCGCUGAAGCGAGAGAUCCAGGAGACCCUUUGCAGCUUCUGAGUAAGACUUGGACAGACAUACCUUCUCCAGAUGGGCACAACGCCCUCGAGGAUGAAUCAGACAACAUGACGUUUAUUGCGGACGUUCUGAGGCAACGAAAUCUCCAGAAGCACGAGAGAGAAAAUAACGUUACAUUCCGCGGAGUCAAUAGCAACUUCAAGCUCUGGUACCUAUUAUCUCUGCCUAGGACGGCUUCCAAGGCAAAGAAAAGAUUCAUCUGGCUUCCAUCAGCCGAUGAUGAGAGGGCUCUCGUUUGCUACCUGACGAGCCCGCAAGAAGAAAGGCAAGCUAUCUCUCUUUUCUUCGAGCGGCACCAUCAAUAUGAAAAGCAUUUUCUGGACGAAACUUCCAUGGUUCUCAACACCUGGGAGAGCGAACUUCAUCUAAGCUUUUACAAACUGGUGGACGAGGACUACACGCCCACUGUUGGAAUUCCAAGGGGAGGUGUGGACGAGUUUCCAGGGAGAGAGCCAAAGUUACUUGUGAAAGCUGCCGUCGGGUUUCGGUUCAUUGGAGACUUCUUUGACAGGCACUGGACUUGCCAUCUUAUCGAACACAUCCCCGGUGGCAAGCGGGUUCCGACUUGGUGGGAUAGGGAAAUGCACGAGAGAGAUUUUCCUUGGGGUGACAAGGGCCAUCUUGUCCAAGAUAACAAUUGUUGGAGACAGAGAAAGGUGCUAGAGUUGCAUCUUUUUGACAGAAUUUUGGAAGAACUCGUUGACAGCACCAAGACGAUCUACAACACUGUCAAAGAAGAACUUGGUGUGAAACAUGUUGCCAUCCCAUUUUCCGUUCUCAACAGCGAGGAUUAUUUCUCAUCCAGUGAGCAAUGGCAAAGAUAUCAGCAAAUACUUCAGGUGUUGGAAGAGGAUUUGUCAGACAUGCGGGUCAUCAUAUCAAAAUGGGAGACACGAGAAAAAGACCGAGGUCAGGAGCGACCACGCUGGACACGCACAGAUGAGAGAAAAUAUCGCCGAUAUAUUGGGAAGCUUGAAGGAACUACACGUCGUCGUAUUCGGGACCUGCAUCGCUUGCAUGUGCAGAUUCAGUCACUCAAAGAGACACUGAGACGAGGCCAGCAACAGAUCCGCGACGAUCUCAACCUUCGUGGGUCAGAGAACAUCCGCUUCUUUACCUACGUCACAGUCGUAUUUCUGCCCCUGGGCUUUGCAUCCAGCAUUUUCGGAAUGAGCGAAGAGCCACCUAGCAGUGUCAUACCUCCAAUGAUUAUCUGUUCUGUUGUUGCGCUGCUUGUCACUGUUGUCGCGUUGGCCAACGCUAAGCGGCUAAAUGGAGUUGUCGAAGUUAUAUCAGAGAAUAUAAACCGGUACUCUUUGUCGAAGAUGGAAGGAAGCCCUCUCCUCAAUCGUCAUCGACGUAAGUUGGUAAAGACGCAGAACCUCACAAGGCAAGCCGAGGAGGCCGGUUCUGAGACCUCUGAGGGCCACUCCAAGGGCACUAAUAUACACGCAAGUCGUGGGAUACGGGCUCACGAGGACGAACAAUCUUGGCAUUUUUGGUUCUGGGUAGGAUACCUUUUUGUUGAACUGCCAGCGAGGAGAGUCUUGAUGGCAUACUACGACCUGAAGCAUCCAAAGUUCACCUAUUGGAGCAUGUACUUCCGUUUGGUCAUGGGUACACUUCUUCUGCCAAUCUUCCUGAUCUCUUUCUUCUUUCAAUUGGUGUUGAUCAAUACUUUUGAUGCAGUGCGGAGUAUUCUGAAGGAGGCGAUUUGA